CCCCCCUUGCCCCCCUAGCUCCUCCACUGCUACCGCUCCUCCAUUUGAGACUCUAAAAACCCUCAUCACACCCUCUCUUGCCCCACUGCCUUCUCUUCAUGAAUUUUCAUCCACUCAUAAUAAUAACCAUCAUCAAAGAGAUGGCAUGUCUUCCCUCUUUGGAGCACCCCAACUCCUUUCCUUGCAGAGAUCGACUCCAUACUUGUGGGAAUGGGAAAAAACGAAUGAGUGCAUAAUGAGUAGUAAGAAGUUGGGGGUGACAUCACUGGCCACGAAGAUGAAAAAGUCAACCAGAAAGAAGGUGAGAGAGCCAAGGUUCAGCUUCAAGACCAUGAGUGAUAUGGAUGUGUUGGAUGAUGGGUAUAAGUGGAGAAAAUAUGGCCAAAAAGUUGUCAAGAACACUCACCAUCGCAGGAAAUCAAGGAAUGUAUUCAUUCCUUAGGGAGGUUGAUCACAUCAAGACCACUUGGGCUGUGAAGGUGAAAGUAGUCAGGGCUUAUGAACUGCCACCACAGGCAAGGGGAGGACAGAGGAUGGAGUUGGUGUUAAUGGAUUCCCAGGGAGAAAAGAUUCACGGUUUAAUAAAGAGGCCACAACUUGGGUUGUUCAGGUCCAAGAUACAAGAAAAUGGUGUAUACGCAAUAAGGGAAUUCUUGGUGAUGGACAACUACUAUACUUACAAAGCCACGACCCAUGCCUAUCUAAUUGAGUUUUACGGCAAAACAGUUGUAAAAGAUAUUAAUCCAGAUGUUGUGCCAAAUAGUGUGUUUGACUUUCAGCAAUUUGAGGUUCUUCAAACCUUAAGAGUUGUGGAUGACAAACAACUAAUGGAUGUUGUGGCGAAGGUGUUGACCAAGGUUACACCUCAAAACCAUGUGAUUAAUGGUAAACCUGAGAGGUUGAUGGAGCUCACUCUCGAGGAUGCAGAUGGAAACCGUCUUGGCUGCACCCUAUGGAACAACUACAUAGACCAGUUUCUAGACUAUUACGAAGAUCACAAAGAGGACCCAAUUUUUGUGAUUGUUCAGAUGUGCAGGCCAAAACGCUACAAAGGAAUCAUAUCAGUCACGACCUGCUACGAUGCUAGCAAGUUAAUUAUCAAUGGAAACACAACUGAACUGGUCGACUUCAUGGCACAGUUUCCAGCGGAAGAGAGGGACAAUGGGACUUUGACUACUUUGGCUGCUAAUUCACAACUUGAAAGUCGUGAAGACAUUCUUCGAGGCAAUGUGAGCAUAACAAUGAUUGCUGAUUUGGUCAAAACAACAGAGGAAGGGAUGUACUGGAUAUUGGGAGAUGUUGUAUCAAUUGAAAACAUUAGAGAAUGGUGCUAUUUGAGUUGCAACACUUGCAACAAAAAAGUGUUACCAGAAGAAGAUAGAUUUCUAUGUGUCUCAUGCAACUUAACACUUCCAGAGGGUAUUCUUAGGUACAAAAUCACUGUGUGUGUGAUGGAUGAUUCCGGUCAUUCUUCAUUCACACUUUGGGACAGGGAAUGUUUAGACAUUCUUGGGAAGGCUGCUGCCAAACUAAGGAAGGAAGUGGAGAAGAGAACAGGAGAUGCUAAUCAUUUUCCGGAGGACAUAGAAGCUGUUAUAGAUCAAAGGGGAUUGUUCAAAGUGCAGUUGAAGAGCAGGGCUGAGAGUAAUUCUUACAAAGGAUCUAUUUCCUACGGAGUCAUUUCAAUGAUAACAGAUCAGGAAGUUUUGAAAGUUUAUGAAACUCAGAGGAUAAACGGGAAAGGUCUUGAGGAACUUUCUGAUGUAGAAAAGAGUGCCUCAACAGCAGACAAUAUGGAGUGUAGCACAGGACAAACUAAAAUUGUUGAAGUUUAUGAGCUGGAACAGGAACAGGAGGAUGGUAUCACUCCGACACAAAGUGAACGUAAAAGUAUGGGAUUUGAAGAAGAUGAGAAUUUGAAAUGAAAUCUAUUGGGGCAGUUUUCUGCUAAUGGCAAAAUGUUGAAGACCAAAAUUAAAAAGGAACCAGAAUAGAGUGCCACUACAAGAUAGAAGGAUGGACGGGCUUAUGUUUUGCUAUGACUACCUUAUGUUUUGCUAUAACUAUUUAAGCCCUAGAAAAACAUUCUGAUCGGAUUUCUUUUUUGAAAACUUAAACUUAAUGGAGUGGCCUCCAUAAACAUUAUUGUUGUAUUGAUUGCUAUGUGUGGUCCAUUUUAGGGCAAAUGUAAUGUCUAUUACCUAUUGUUGUG